AACUAUUUGAAUUUAGACAACUUCAUUUACAGUUGAUUAAAGAAAACUUUUAUACCUGCUUGCUUGAGGUUAUGCAUAAAAAAUCCAGUGAUCCGUUAGAUUCAAAGAGAAGUGAUUAACCAAAUUCUUGUUUAGUUCUGUCUAAAAUUGUUUGAUACCACUUGAAAAUAUUGUAUAUUGAAAAUGCAACUGAAGGCACCACUUGUUUGUAUAGAUAGCCUCGGUAUUAUUUGAGGGUGGGACUAUACUUCUUGGGUGCUGUGUAUUCAUUCCUAAAAUGAUUGGGAUAGAAGUAAAGGGACGCUUAAAUCAAUACGUAAAAGCCAUCCUGCGCAACGUAGUUGACGAAAAUGUGAUUGUCUUCUACCCGGAAAAAAAUGAAGAGGAACAGGUUCCGAUCAAAAAUGUGCGACUACCCCCAACUUCCGAACGAGAUGUUCAUCCUGGACAAAACGGGGAAGCCCUAUUUUCCGUCGUGACCGAUCAGACUCCAGGUUCAUCUAGUAAUACAAUUACACUGACUGGCCGUUGGGGCGAUGAAACUAAUAGUAAACCGGAAGUUGAACUCAUACUGGAUGAUCAGCUGAAUUAUCUCCCUAUUCCAUCUUGGUGGCCUUGUCGCGUUGUCAAGAUUCGAGAUGAUGUCGCAGUAGUGAAGUUAAAUGUAUCACCACCGGCCGAUGCAACGCCCUCAGAAAUUUCACUUUGUACACACCUUUCUACUGUCACCGAGAUCGUAAGUCGUAAGUCUCUACGUCAGCCCAGUGAUGACUGCCCAUGUCUGUCACCUGAUAUCAUUCACCGGCAUCGUAUUGAAAUUCCAAAGGAAUUGGCAGACUUUGCUUCUGAUCCUUCUGUCCACCAUGACUUUUUGCGCCAUUGUGGUGGCCCUGUAAGCCUACACUACGAUAAUGAGUCUUCCUGUUUGGUCGUGUUAACGACAGACCCUGUAACAGCCAAGAAUGUUGCCUUGUUGGAAGAUACUCAUUUAAGGAUGUUGCGCCAAAAAUGGGCCCUAACUCGAAGUCUUCGGCAAACUAUUCGAAAUCUUGAGGUCAAUCGCGGACCAGAUGUAUCACGACCAGGUGGGUCAAAAAACUGCAGUGACUGGAACAGUGAUCCUAGUCUAUUUGUUGAAAAGUUUUUUGUUCCUCAACAUCUCAUGGGUUUAGCUAUAGGUGCUCGUGGUGUAAAUAUUCGUGCUGCAAGAGAAAUUCCCGAUGUAAUCCGUAUCGAGUCAUGGGAACCGUCUGAAUAUAAUGCAAGAAAUAAUGACCCUGUCGAUAAUUCUGGAGAUUAUGGUGAAGCUGCGAUGUUUGUUAUAGAAGCCAAGACUCCGGAAGCUGCAAAACAAGCUCGAGCUAAAUUGGAAUACUCCGAGCUAUAUUUAGGUGUUCCACGUCGUUAUGUAGGACGUCUGAUCGGAAAAAGAACCUCAAAUAUUAUGUCCAUUAUUCGUAAAUCUGGUGUUGUUCACAUUCAUUUCGAUGAUCAUAUUGAAGGCUCCGUGUCUCUCAGCGAUGAUAAUAACCAAACUGAUGUUAUUAAGUAUUCCCAUCCAGGGCAUCCUUUAGCAAGCACAAUGCGACGAGUCUUUCUAAAGGCUGGAAGUGCUCAAACAUCCUCACAACCAUAUACAGAUGAGGAAUACGGUGGAUUCAUACUAGCUGGUACAAGGGACUCGAUCGAAAAAGCGCGUUUGUUGAUCAACUUCCAAAUGGAUUAUUUCUAUGAUCUUGAAAAAAUGGAGAGCGAAAAGCUGGAGUUAAUGCGUAGUUUAUCUCAUGGUGGAGUGGACUCUGGUCCAGGCUACCCAGCUCGUGGUACGGCAGUCGGACGUUGGGGUGAACGUGGUGGUGUUGGGAAUUAUGGCCGUGGUGGUCGCGGACGCAGACCAGGUCGUGGUGGCCUGUUACAUCCUCCUUUUAGUGAUGUCAAUCAUGGACAUUAUACAGAUGAUGAAAAUAUUGGAAAUCCAAUCCCCUGUCGAGGUGCAAAACGUACGGUAUGCAGUUAAUUAUCUGUUCAGUGGUCUUCUCGAGCUAUUUUAUUUGUGACAUAAUACGCAAUUAAUCGCAUAAUAAAUAGUGAUUCAGAAUUCAACUGAACUGAAUGAGUAAAAAUUGAAUGAACACACCGUUUGAAUGUCUCAAUUGCCAAUCGGGUUAAAGCCUCGUGAAACAUACGGUCACCGUAGUUCUGGUGGAAGAAUCCCACGUCAAAGUGGAAGAGGAAGUCGGCGAAUAGGAGGUCAAGGUCGCGAUUCUAAUUGGAAUAACCUCAUGAACAACAACGGGGAUGUCGCUGACCGUCGUCGAGGUUCAGGUGAUUCGGAUGUCUUGGAGUCUGACAACUUGCCUGAUGGUUUGUCUGCAGAACGAGCAAACGCUGGAAGACAUAACAGAGUAGGACGUCAUUCUCCAGCUCCAAAUGGAUUUUAUUCUGAUAGAGAACGUGGGGACGAAAGUGAGGAUACCCUCAAUCCUAGCAAUGAAAACAAUUUCCCUUGUGGUGAUGCGUCUUCUGAAGACGGCGGGGGUUGUUCAGUUGACAAUAUGCGCUCAAGACUGAAUAAAUAUGUACAUAGUUGUCGUAACAGUAAAUCACGUCCCCCACGUCGCUCACAUCCAGCUCGUCCCCAAAAUUCCGACCAGUGGGAUACCAAUUGUCAAUUCAACAACGUCGAUUCAUCUCUUGGUAGUCAGAAGUUACGUAGUGGUGGUCAGGGUAAUUAUUCUGCCAGACAGCAGUCGGCGCAAGUAGUAUAUCAGGAAUAGAGAUCCUUGCACACUUUUACUGGAUGUUUGUGUGUACCUCUUUAAGUUGAGUUAACGAAAAAACUUCAUGUAUUACAUUCUCAUAUCUUCAUUUCUUGUUGUUGUUUGAAUAUUGUUUCUUUUGUUACUUUCCCGGAGUUAUAUAUAUAUAUAUAUAUAUAUAGUCUUAUACCGACAAUGUUGUCUGGUUUUUCGCAAACAUUAUUACUAAUAUCCAAUCUCAUCUUCAUUUCUUACACACGAAUACGUUACACAUGUUUAUACAACAUUACAAUUUCUUAAACCUGUGAUUAGCAUGCAUAUCUUAUGUGGUUCAUUAGUUUAUUCGCGCUCAAGUAGCAGUACUUCAUUUUAACCGGUUCCAGUCAUCUCAUUCAGUAUCAAGAUUUUUAAGCAAUAAAAAGACAACCACUUCAGGUGUACUCAUAAGAAACUGUUAUGUCUUCAUUUCUGUCACCUUCUAAGAAUAAUCACCUUUGAACUAACUACUUAUCCACCGGUAACUGCGUUUUUCCAUCUAAGUGUAUUAACUAGUUCUAAUUUAUUCUAUACGUUAUCUUCUGAAUAAACAAUUUCUCUUCGUUACAAUCUUUUCUUCAUACAUUUUUUCAUACUUUCCUUUGUUAAUGUGCCUUUUCAAGUCACUUGAACUUUUUAGAAGUAUUUGUUAUUUCUCAUGCAAAAACUGAUGAAAGCAUAAAAGCUUUUGUCAUUUUACAGUGGAUAGUUUGUAAAUUUUACUUAUGUCUAUGUGUUAAGCAUGCUUGUGUGUAUAUGUGUGUGUUGUUAGCACUCUUCAACUUGUCAGUCUUCCGAACUCUUUCUAAAAAAACAUUGUGGUAUGAGUGGCCUUUUAAUGUAAUAUGCUACUCAUUCAUUUUAUUGUAUUGGGUUUAUCCAUCUUACUGCUAACUUGUUCUUUUCUGUUCAUGCGCCUCUUGCAUAUUCGUUAAUUAAGUUGCAUUUUCGUC